AUGACUACUGAAAAUGUUCAGUCUCAACCAAAUGGAGUUUCUAAAACAAGACCUCGUUUACAAAUAAUUAAUGAAAAUCAAAAAUUUUCAGACGAGUUACCGAAAUACAUGAGAGAUGAAUGGAAUUUGUGUGAAGUUGGUUUUAACUAUAACCUUGUUGCCGUAUUUGGUUCACAGAGUACUGGAAAAAGAAUUUGGAUGAGUUGUGGUAAAGACAUGAGCGUAUUGAUUAUGGAUGUUGAAGGUACAGAUGGUCGUGAACGUGGUGAAGAUCAGGCAUUCGGAUUAUAUCAAGGUGCCAACAUGGGACUUCUUAAAACUGUAUUCGAAGUAAAUUUACAAUUAUUUCAAGCUGCACGAAGUAAUGAGAAAACAUUAUUACUCUUUGUGAUUCGAGAUCACGUCGGUGCAACACCAUUAGCCAAUCUAUCGAACACACUAACUGCCGAUUUGGAAAGAAUCUGGCAAAGUGUUUCGAAGCCAGAAGGAUUGGAGAAUUGUAUGAUAACUGAUUAUUUCGACUUCAUGUUCACGGCAUUACCUCAUAAAAUCCUCUUACCAAAGGAAUUUGAACAAGAAGUGAUUAAACUGCGGGAACGGUUUACAAAUCCAAAUAUUAAAGAUUAUGUAUUUAAACCAAAUUAUAGCAAACGAGUUCCUGCAGAUGGUUUACACGAACAAAUUAUGUCCAAUAAGGAUCUUGAUUUACCAACACAGCAAGAACUUCUUGCUCAAUAUCGUUGUGAUGAGAUAGCAACGGUCGCAUUUGAAGCUUUCCUCGGAAAAAUCAAAGGGUUUAGGCAACCCAUUGAAGCAGGAAAAAUCCUGGAUGAUUUAGGACCAAAUAUGGAAGAAAUUCGAAAUACAACAAUUAAACAAUUUGACAAGGAUGCUUCUCGGUAUCUCGCCGAAGUUUAUAAACGUAAACGUACAGAAAUUCUUAAUAAAACAAAUUCACAAUUGCACGUGUUUUUCACGGGUCAAUUGAAAAAUUUAACCAAAAAAUCAAUAACGUCAUUUACUGCUCUUGUUCAGGAAAAAUUGAAAGGCGAAUACGAUUUCUCUGAAGUUGUUAGUCACGCCCGACAGAAUGUCGAAAGCAUUUUUAUCACCAGUGCUGAAGCCAUUCUUCUAUCGGAUACCGAUUGGACUUAUGAUGAAGAAUAUACACAAUUAAAGGAAUCAAUUGAUGAAAUUGCCGCCAAAUUACGUGUUGAAGAAACUAAGAAAAUGGUUAAAGCGUUGGAGAAAUCUUUCCAAACUCAAGUCAAUGAAUUCGUUUCGCUUUAUUUCAAAACACCUGGUCCAGAUAUGUGGGGAAAAGUUAUUCGAAAGUUUCAACAAAUUCUUGAAAAUGUUGAAAAUCAAUUGUUGAAACGCUUUAAUUCUUCGGAAGAAGAAAACUCUACAGCUAUUGAGAGUCUUCGCAAACGUUCUUGGCUACAAUUUCGAAAAAAGGUAGAUGAAGAACUAGCAGACAAUAUGUUUUUGCUUAAAUUACGUGAAAGGUUCGAGGAAAAAUUCCGAUAUGAUGAAGAAGGAUUGCCAAAAGUAUGGAAACCUGAAGAUGAUAUUGAUAAACAUUUUAGAAAAGCAAGAGAAGAGGCUCUUAAUUUGAUACCAAUUUUCUCUAACAUCAAAAUCCCCGAUGAUUUAGAGUUAAAUAUUCCAUCGGAUGAAGAACUAGAUUUGGAAGAAUCUCUAAUAAUUCUUUCCGAGACACGACAACAUGAUUUAACAGUUCGAUUUAAGAAAGAAUCUGAUGCAUUCUAUCUAGAAGCCAAACGAUCAGUGGUCGCAACAACAGCUCGUGUACCAUAUUGGAUAAUCCUUUUAAUAGUUAUUCUUGGUUGGAACGAAUUCAUGGUUAUUAUCACAUCACCAAUGUAUCUUGUAUUCUUCAGUUUCGUGGGUAUCGUUGGUUAUGUUUUUUACUUUUUAAAUCUUUUUGGACCGGUGGAAUCUAUUUGUCGAAUGUUUGUUACAGAAGUACUCAAUUAUAUAACAAAACAGAUUAAAGGUGACAAUAAUGAUAGUAGUACUGCGACUGUGGCGAAAACAUUUACAUCAUUUAUGGGUAAUGCUGAUGAAUCUGUUACGAAAAAAGAACAGUAA